AUGGCGGUUUGGUCGUGGAUCAAAACAAACUCCAUCCACGAGGCCAUAACCUGGGGCGUUACCGACAACCUUGAACGGCUCCUCGCCAACAAACGUGUCAAUGUGAAUGCAGAGAACGCAAACGGCGCAACCGCCUUGCACCUGGCCGCGUCUCGUGCCGGCCUUGCGGAAGUGCUGGAAAAACUGCUGUCCCAUCCCGACAUCAACCUCAAUCUCCGAGAACGCAGUGGGAAGACCCCCUUGCAUCUUGCCAUCUGGUUCGGGAACUUGUAUGCGAUCAAGCGUCUCCUCGCGGAUCCCCGCACAGACGUCAACCUAGCAGACCAAGACGGUCGUUCGCCAUUGCACUACGCCGUUGACUCCAACCAAGGCCACUACAGGCUUAUUCUAGCUCUUCUCGUAGCGUCCCCCAGAGUCAACCACAAAACACAAGACCGACUUCAGCGCACCGCUCUAGCGUGGGCCCUAGACUAUGGUUACCCAGAGAUGGUGGCCGCUCUCGCCUCAGGCCGUGAACCAUUGCCAGAGGUUGCUGUGACAGAUUUGGAUGGCGACACGGCAAUCCACAAAGCCGCCAAGUAUGGUGGCUCGAUGCUGGCUUGUCUGGUGAAAGGGCAGGACAGGGAGGUUCUGGAUGUCAGGAAUAUCAGGUCAGAAACCGCCCUUCACGUCGCUGCGAGGCACAACUCAGAUUCCCUGGAAUUACUCGUUCAUGCCGGCGCCAGCCUUGAUGCGCGGCGGGACCCGGAUGGUGUGACCCCAUUCCACAUUGCCGCCCAACACAAUUCCUGCGAGUUUGUGGAUCGUUUGCGGUCACUUGAUCCGUCCCUACGCAACAUCAUAUUCAUGAAUGAUAAGGACGGUAACACGCCUUUACAUCUAGCCGCUGAGCGCGGUGACUCUAAAAUGGUGGAUACCAUUCUGAAUCUGUACAAGGACCCGGGCCAACAGACUAGCGAGCCCACCAUCCAGCCUGGCCCCGUCGAGGUUGGUUUUACGAACAAGGGCGAGUCGGCCGUUGCGCUCGCCGCGCGUCACGGUCAUGUCGAUACCCUGGUAUCCUUGUUGCGAGACGAACAUAUCAGGUCUGACGAGGUCAGAUCCAGACACGCGGAGGCCGUUUUGCAAAUCCUACCCCAUAUCACCGCUGGUCCAGCUUCCGGGGUGCCACAGCAAGAGAGGACGGCCGUGUUAUUUGAGUGGGCGGUACGGGAAGGUGUACUCGACGUUGUCAAGCCCCUCAAGCCCUACGCCAGCCCUUCGGCGCUUGAACACUCCAUUUCACUCGCCGCAGCAGGGGGGCACGCCCACGUCGUUCAGUAUCUUGCCGAAGAAGGGGUCAGCCCUAACGUCUGGACGGAAGCUGAAGGAACGCCGCUUACCGUCGCUAUUGAGCACGGACAUAUCGAAGUCGUCAAGGUCCUGCUCAGCCUCGAGGGAGUAGAUCCGAACCUCGGCGUGCCCAGCUCCGACACACCCUUGAUGAAGGCCAUACGGCGCCGUUCUAGAGCGGUUGUUUCGCUGCUUCUGAGUGAGAAAGUUAUCAAGACCAAGGGAUUGUUGCUCGACGAAGGAAGCCACAAAAAUCAGCGAUCAGGUCGCUGGUUUUCUAACCCAUUGCUUUUAGCCUCUCAACUCGGCUACGAGGAUAUGGUCGAGAUGCUCGUCCAACCCGGUCUUGCGGCUGAAGCCUGCUUAACUGUUCAGGAUCAAGCCUUUGGCCAAACACCCUUGAACGCCGCCUGCUGGCGAGGCCACUGGCGCGUGGUCGAGGUGCUCUUCCAGGCUCGCCCUUGGACUUCUGGGCCUGAUGUGCUCGGGGUCGAUCAGCGGGAUGAUUCGGGUCGCACGCCGUUUGCCAAUGCUUGCGCAUCAUCCAAUCCCGAUACGGUCAAUCUAUUUCUCAAAAGUGGCCUUAUCAGGCACAAGCUAUUCGAUCCCGAUUCAAGAGACAACGAUGGCAUGACACCGUUUGCUCACACUUGCGAAAAGGGUUCUGCCGAGACCUUGAAACUCAUCUUAGACAGCGACUUGAUCAAGGAUAGGCUAAUUGACCCCAACACCAGAAAUACCCAUUUUGAAACCCCGCUGGCUAUUGCAUGUUCAGGGGGGCACCAUGAGGUAGUCGGGCUCUUUUUGGAUUAUUUCCUCUCCGGCGACGGGUCAGGUCUCGUUGAUUUCAGCGCCCCCAUGGAUGACGGAGCGAGAACCCUCCUUGAGCUUGCGUUUGACGCUUUCGAUUGGCCGACCACGGUAUUGGUGCUGUUGGAGAGCCGCCUCGUCGACUUGGGCUUGGUCGACCCUAGAAAGGCUUACCGAUAUGUGGAAGAGCGGGUCCGAGAAAUGUCGGACGAAGAUGCUGAUUAUCUCGAUAUAGAGCCACUUGUGCGUCGACUGGAAGAGCUAGGAUGCGCGGAGCCGUGA